AUGCCGGGAAGAUUGAAUGGUGUUAUCAUUUGUGAUACAGCAACAAAGAAAGCAAAAGCACUGGGAAUUAUUAGAAAGAAAAAUACUUUAUUCGUGGCUGAAGUAAAGGGUCACAUUGAUGAAAAAUACAUUAAUGAUUACAUAAACUUUUUACCGAUAAUAAGAAACUUAGAUAUUAUCACAGAUGAAAAAACAAUUGGCAGUUUUAUGUAUAAUUACAUGAAAUCAAACAAUCUACCAGUUGACCAGAAACAGAGGAAAUUAACUCAGUUAGCAUCAACACACAACCAAUAUCAACCAUUUUCUUCUUAUUAUCUUUGGUAUCUAAUAGACAGAUUUCAUUUUAUCAUCGAUGAUAUUCAAUCA